AUGGCGUCUGUCCACCAGCUCUUAGACCUCCAAGACGACUACACCGCAGGGCACCAGCCAACACACACAUACAUCCCCAACCGCGGCUACGAGCAGACCACGUCUCUCCCGUCGAGCCAGCCAGAUGAGGUCCCUAACGUCCAGCUACGAGACGACACCGCCCUCCCCGACCAGUCCGCAGCAGCCGACGACGCCGAGAGCGACUACGACGAUAUAUUCUCCUCCGAAGACGUAGACGAUGACUUCCAGCCCGAAGCCCUGGGCGCCACAAAUCCCUCCGACUACACCAAAUCCUACAAUCGCACUCGCGCCCUCCACGACCCCAGCCUCCCCGCUUCCCACAAGCCAAAGACAAACAGUCAGAAGCCGAGCGCGAAUGUGCGGGCGAACGUGGAUGACCAGAUCACCUCCCUAUCCCGCCAUGCUGGCAAGCUGCGGCUAGACGACGAGGGGGCGCGCGGCGGCAGCAAGACGGACAAGGACAAGAGCGACCGGGCGACGAGCGAGCAGGUGCUGGAUCCGCGGACGCGGAUGAUAUUGCUGCAGCUAAUCAAUCGGGAUAUCGUGGCUGAGAUCCACGGGUGUGUUUCUACGGGGAAGGAGGCGAAUGUGUACUAUGCGCUAUCCAAUCCGCCCUCUACCGAAGGAGCAGCGGGGGCAGGGAGAGAAGGCGAAGCAAAAGAAGCCCAACCCACACAGCUGGUUCACAGAGCAAUCAAGGUUUACAAAACCAGCAUCCUCGUCUUCAAGGACAGAGACAAGUACGUCACAGGCGAGUUCCGCUUCCGCCAGGGCUACAACAAGAGCAACAACCGCGCCAUGGUAAAAGUCUGGGCGGAGAAGGAGAUGCGGAACCUGAAGCGCAUCUACGCGGCCGGUAUCCCCUGCCCCGAACCCGUCUACCUCCGGCUGCACGUCCUCGUCAUGGGCUUCCUGGGCGACAGGAAGGGCUGGCCUGCGCCGCGGCUCAAGGACGUCGAAUUCGUGGAGCGGAGCGCCGAGGAGGUGGCGGGGAAGUGGCGGGAGCUGUAUCUGCAGUGCCUCGGGUAUGUGAGGAAGAUGUAUCAGGUGUGUAAGCUGGUGCACGCGGAUCUGAGCGAGUACAAUUUGCUGUUUCAUGAGGGGAAGCUGUGGGUUAUUGAUGUGAGUCAGAGUGUUGAGCAUGACCAUCCAAGGAGCUUGGAGUUUCUGAGAAUGGAUAUCAAGAACGUGAAUGAUUUCUUUGGGAAGGCGAGGGGGGUUGAUACGUUGACUGAUCGGACGGUGUUUGGGUUCGUUACUGAGGCGGAGGGGAGUGUAGAGACGGCUGGGAUGCUGGAAGAGCUGGAGAAGCUGUAUCGGAAGAUGAAAGAGAAGAGUAGUGGGAGUGGCCCGAUUGCGGACGAUGAGGUCGACAAUGAAGUCUUCCGGAAGCAGUACAUACCCCAGACGCUGGAGCAGGUGUACGAUGUCGAACGGGAUGCGGAACAGGUGGGAAGGGGAGGCGGUGAUGAAUUGGUAUAUCAGGCACUGCUGGCGCAGAAGAUCGCCGAUGGCCAUGCAUCGGAUGGCGAGGACGAGGAAAGCGAUGAUGGGAGUAGUGAGACCGAUGAGGAUGGCGAAGGGCAACGGGAAGACAGGGAGAAUCAGAGGCCGCGAGGAAAGAAAUUUCAGGACAAAGAUUCAAAGAAGGAACAUAAGCAACAGGUGAAGGAGGAAAAGCGCGAGAAGCGGAAGACGAAACUAUCGAAGUACGAGAAGCAGAAGCUCAUCAGCGCCACUAGUCGCAAGAAGCACUAG